ACGAAUGGGAGAUCUCUGCUGUGUGGUGGACUGUUAAUACACCCAAUGGCCUGAGUGGUAGUAACAGUGUGUCCGUGGUGCGGCUGUGAACACACUGGAUGGGACGGGACAGCUCUGUGUGGGGGACGCAGGCGACAACGGCUGGUACCAUCGCGAACACAUCCCGGAGGGACAAAUACGUACUCAGGAGAAAUCUCUAGGGCUUCACGACCCCUCCUCCCGCUCUGUCGAGAUUUAACAGAAUGAAAUAACCAAGCCGAGUUUGAACACGUCGCGUUUGAGGUAACCACAGGAUCUGAACGCUGGGAGAUAUCCACACACACGGAGGGGGAGAGAGAGAGAGAGAGAGGGCCAUGCACACACUCUCAGCCGCUUUGUAACCACCAUCGUCGCUGCUGUGUGUGUGUUUUCGGUGUCUCCUCCUCUUCCUCUGAGCAUGGACUGACCAUCAUCUCUCUCUGGAUGAUUUGAUGGGGCUGCUCAGAGUCAUGAUGCCGCCCAAGUUGCAGCUUCUGGCGCUGCUGGCGUUCGCAGUGGCCAUGUUCUUCCUGGAGAACCAGAUCCAGAAGCUGGAGGAGUCCCGGGGAAAGCUCGAACGAGCCAUCGCCAGACACGAGGUACGAGAGAUCGAGCAGAGGCACACGCAAGACAGCCUGCGGGAGCGGGACUCAGCCGCAGCGCUGUCCGACAGCGAGGAUGACGUGGUCAUCAUCUACAACCGGGUGCCCAAGACGGCCAGCACUUCCUUCACCAACAUCGCCUACGACCUGUGCGGGAAGAACCACUACCACGUCCUGCACAUCAACACCACCAAGAACAACCCGGUCAUGUCCCUCCAGGACCAGGUGCGGUUUGUAAAGAAUGUGACUGAAUGGAGGGAAAUGAAGCCGGCUUUCUACCACGGACACGUCUCCUUCCUGGAUUUCACCAAGUUCGGGGUGAAGAAGAAGCCCAUCUACAUAAAUGUGAUUAGGGACCCAAUUGAAAGGCUGGUGUCCUAUUAUUACUUUUUACGUUUCGGGGACGAUUACAGGCCCGGCUUGAGACGCAGAAAACAAGGAGACAAGAAGACGUUCGAUGAAUGUGUAUCAGCUGGUGGCUCGGACUGCGCUCCCGAGAAGCUCUGGCUCCAGAUUCCCUUUUUCUGUGGUCACUACUCCGAAUGCUGGAACGUGGGCAGUCAGUGGGCUCUGGAGCAGGCAAAGUACAACCUGGUGAAUGAGUACAUGCUGGUCGGCGUAACAGAAGAGCUGGAAGAUUUUGUCAUGAUGCUGGAGGCCGCGCUGCCACGCUUCUUCAAAGGAGCCACUGAGCUGUACAAAACAGGCAAGAAAUCCCACCUAAGGAAGACCAGCGAGAAGAAGCCGCCCACAAAGGAGUCUAUUGCCAAGCUGCAGCAGUCCACCAUCUGGAAGAUGGAGAACGACUUCUAUGAAUUUGCCCUGGAGCAGUUCCAGUUCGUCAGGGCGCAUGCUGUCCGGGAAAAGGACGGGGAACUCUACCUGCUGGCCCAAAAUUUCUUCUAUGAAAAAAUCUACCCCAAAAACUAGAGAAGAGAGCGGAGUGCUUUGGAGGAGGACGGAACACUUUGUCCAUGCUCAGUUGUGCGCUCUUGAGACAAACAGAAGUGGGAGUGAGGUGAGACUUGAGGACUACCGCUGACUGUGUGCCUCGUUUGAGAGCAUGAUGCAGAGCUGGAGAAGCAAUCCGGCUGUGACGCAGCGACCGGACUGGCAGCAGUUGCUACUCGCGGCUGUGCCGGCCAGCUGGACGAGGAGCUCGUGUUUCAAUCAGCAGGUUGCUAUCGCUACCGGCAGCUGCUCCACUCCCUUUCACUUCAACGCCAAAGGUCGUCCAUGCCGAGGGCCUCUCCCGGCUCGCGUCCUAAAGACGACCGGCCAACAGCUGAUCAUCCCUCCACUCCUGAUUGGCUUCACUGUUCUUCUAUCCAGAAGAUUCUCAUUGGCUCUGUACUGUUUGGUUGUGUUUGGUUGUAUUUUAUCUCUUUAUUAAGUUUUUGGUUUGUAUGUAAAGACGUUUGCCGGUGAAACGACAUGCCUCACGCCUCAUCACCACUACUAACUUAAAGAGACGGUACUGUAAGAAACAUUGCUGUGUUGCUGGACAUGAAUGAAGCCUUUUGAGGUUUUUAUGAGUAAAAGUCCUGUGAACGCAGACUGUUUCCCGGGGCAGGCGUGUAUGUUUUAUACUAUACUAAGUGUGUGACUCUUAUAAAUGUGCAGCUUUUCCUAUGGAGGGUAACGGAGGAAACGUUUACACCUUAUUUUAUUGAAGUGAGGUGAACUUGCUGCUUCUGUAAAUAUUUACAACUUUUUAAAUCCAUUGCAUUUCCUGGCAGAUAGGUUACAGAAGUCUGGACGUGUUGUCGGUUUUACUUUUGUCACGUAGAAGCAUUUAAACACGGGCGGCUGCUAAAAUCCGUUUGGGGAAAUGUGCUUUUCCUUGUUUUCGAUGCGACUUUUGUACCAGUAAAUUUAAGACUUUUAGCAACUAAAGCAUGAAGAGUGGACAUGAGGAAGUUCCCCUGCUGUAUUGGGUGUCACCUAACUCCACUAUGAGCCCAAACGUUUCCAUUUUUUUUUUUUUUUACAAGUGGGGAAAUUAUGUAUUAAUUCAGGAGCUUCAGAAAAGCAUUCCCAGUCAAAGCCAGACUGUUUCUCAUUGAUUUUUAUGCCAAGCUAACAUAACCAGCUGCAGCAUUACAGUACGUUUAAAAGGCUGAUAAGAGAUCAGUCUUCAUUCAUUUACUUGAUAAAUUGGCUUUAUUUGGGCUCUAAUGGGGUUUAUUUUUUUAAUCGUGUAAGGGAAACGAUGAAAAUUACAAGUAUUUUAAAAAGGCAUACUUUGUUAUGAUGGGAAAGAACCCCAGCUUCUUCCUGGAUGUGCUGUCACUGUCUGUAUUUGUAUAUCCAGGUGAGUGGAUGCUCCCUUACCAUCUGAGGACAUACUGUAGUUAACCACUCGGUCUCGUGUGCCUUCUCUAGAGUUCGCCUUGUUUUGCAGGUUUUUGAUUGAACAUAAAGAUAACACGGCUGCCAUGUCUGUUUUCAUCUUUUGAUUGACAAACAAUAUAAAGAA